AUCAGAGCGAACUAUAUAAGAUUCAGUGGAACUCAGAGAGGCAGAGCAAAAACUCUGAACAGACAACCUUGCCACUUCUGUAACAGAAAGAGACCUCCAUUUGGAAAGAAUGUUGAAAGGAAUAUUCCUCUGUGUAUUACUUGCUGUGCUCUCUGCAAACUCAAUGGCACAGCCAGUAGGCUCUGCAGACCCAGAUGAGAUGAUUGAACGAGAAGUUCGGGGACUCCUUUCUAAUGUCGCAGGUCUUUUGAAACAAUUUGCAAAAGGUGGUGUAAAUGCUGUAUUGAACCCAAAACGAGAAGCAAUGUCUGUCAACAAUGAUGGCUUCAAUUCUGUUCAUUCCAAGAGAUUUAUUGGGGCACUUCUUGGUCCAUUGUUGAAUUUGCUUAAGGGAAGAUAACUAAUUGAAGACAUUCGCUGGUAUGGUAAAUGAAUAAAAUGGCCAGAUUUAUCUUGAAAGUGACAGUGCUGAAGAUUCUUCAGACCUAAAAAAUAUACCCCUCUUCCUGUCCAGAGAAAAUAAAAUAAAUAUCAGCCAAACUUG